AUGAGAGGAGUGCCUCGGCCGCUGCACCUGUCGCGUCAGUGUAGAUCACAUCGGUCUUUACCAUCAAAUCAACAGGAGAAUCGGGGUCCCGCACACACUGCACAUCAUGCAAGUGUUGCUGCUCCUGCGGCUUCUCACGUCGAACAUGAAGAAGAAGACGCACUUGUGCACGAUACCUCCAGGGAGAAGAAUCCACGCAGCCAGAACUUCUGCGCGCAGGAACAGGGCAAUUGCGAUACUCGAAAAGCUGCUGUUGAAGCGAGCCUUGUGCGUGGACAUCUCUCGUCCUCAUCUUCUAUCCUGGGUGCGUGUGAUGCGUCGGUAGUUAGCAGUGAAUGUUCGGCGUCGACGUGGGGCGCGUUUUUUUCUGCGCAAAGCUGUGGCGCAAGCGUGGAAACAGCAAGGGAGGCAUCAUCAACCACGUUCUCCUCUUGCCAGGCGGCGCCCAGUACACAAGAGCAAGGGCACUCACGUGUUGAAGCGUCGAACGCACUAACGCCAGACGAAGUUGUAGAUGAUCAUAUUAUUGAGGCGGAUCCGGAUCCGAUCCCGAAUAAAAGAGCUUUCCUUUUGGCAAAACGUGGUAGUGAAGUUGAUGAACUUGGUGUCGCAUCCACCAACGGGGGGCCGCACCGCCCGCUUUCGAGUGCACGCAAGAGGGCCGGGCAGCGACCACCUGCUGAUCAUACCGAGAAUCCUCCUCGAAGCAAUAGUCGGUCAUUCGUCUCGUCCUCAUCUUUUGCCAGAAGUGAUGGCCUGACAUGCACGAAUUUGAUUUCAUCAGAGAGUGCCAGACGGUCAUCAGCAUCACCUGGUCUCCUGGCUCGAAAAGUGUCGCCCGGAAAGCAGGUGUCAUCGCGUAUCUCACCUAACCGAAAUCAGCGAAGCAAAACUGGAAUGCACCAUGUUGGGAAAAACAGUUUUUCAGCUAGUAACGCUUCGCGCAAGGUCGUGGACAAGAAGGUAGUCUCAUCAUCACAACCACCUAACAGCAAAUUGAUUUCGACUGUGACCCCUCGAGCUCGACAACAACUCGUGAAUCUUAAUAACAAAGCAGCGACGAAUGCCGGAGUUUUUGGAUCAAGAAGCAACGAUAAUUCUUCGCUGGUCUGCGGUGUCGAGGUCUCAGCCAUUCUUGCGGAGCCACCAGGACAAGCUCCGGGCGAUGAGUCAUCAAGCGUCAUCACAACUUUGUUCGCUCGGGAUCAACCACUGCCCGCGGUUUCCGGAUCAGCAG